AUGGCCGAUUCGGAUCAAUCUAUGCUUCUGGCAAUAGAGAAUGGAUAUUAUAGACAGGCUCAACAGCUCCUUCAAAAGAAAUUGAAGAAAUACCCCACCAAAAGUUAUUACCAUGCCUUGAACAAUUUGAUUCAAUUUAAGCAAGGGAAGGAACAAGAAGCUAUACAAGAGUCAUUGAAAUUGAAGGCUAAAAUCCCUAGUGACCCUAAAACACUCGAGAUUUUAACUGAAAUUUUCAGCAGCGCUGGUCUUCCAAACGAAGCCACUCAAGUGUACGAAAAUGCAGUGAAAAAAUAUCCAACUUAUGAUUUGAUUAAUAGUUGGUUUGAGAUCUCACUUAAAAGAUAUGAUAUUCGUUCAGUUCAAAAGGCAUCUAUGUCUCUCCAAAGAACAAGACCAAGUCGUACUCAUAGUUUGUGGGCAUCUUUUGGGUAUCUUUUAGUUUGUGAAUUGCCUGAUAGUAGCGAUACUGAAAAAUCAUUGUACCCAAAAAUUGCCUUGAAGCUUGUGGAAGCCUUGAAGCCAUUAAAGACAGAACAAGAAGUCUAUCUUUAUAGCAGAUUGCUUAUAAAAUCCGAACAAUAUAGUGAAGCUAUUGAAGCCAUUGAAUUGUUUUCUAAGGGUAAGAAAUUUGAUUUGGAACUUCAAAUUCUUUUGUUAUCGUCAUUGAAUAAGUUAGAAUCUUGGGAUAAAUUAUCUAUUUACAGUUCACAAAUCUUAUUCAAAGAUCAACUAGAUGAUUUUGAUACCUGGAAAUAUCUCAUUAAGUCACAAGUUAAACUUGGUGUUUCCGAAGAGGAUAUUUUAAAGCAAUUGACAACUAUUAAUUCAAGAAAUUCUACAUUGGCCCAUGUAUCAUAUGCUGAAGAAAUUCAACUGAAUGAAAAGUUUGGAAAGUAUAUGGCAUCAUAUUAUGAUUCUUUCAAGCAUAAGUUGUGUUGCUUUAACGAUUUGAAAUAUUUCUGUUCUUUACCAUCUUUCAACAAGACUGAAUUCUUGAACCAUCUCGAUAAAACAACUCAAGAAAUCUUGGAAAACUCACAAUUCACUGAAACAGAAUUAAAUAUUUUGGUCAAUAAUCAAAAAUUUAAAUCAUUGUUAUCACCUGGGAAAGAUUUUAUUAAUGAAAAUUUCCAAUAUUAUCAAAAGUUCAAAAGUAUUCUUACUAAGAAGGUAGACACUGAUUAUUUUGCAGGAAAUGAAUUUAUUUUGAUGAAUGUUGAAAAAAUCUUGAAUGGAGAAUUAAAUGAAGAUUCAAAUUUAGUUGAAAAUGCUUACAAGUGUUUAAUAAUUUUGGAGGCUUCUGCUGUCAAGGACAAACAUGAAUUCAGAUUAAAGUUAUGGAUUAUGAAAUUAUAUUCAUUUUUGAACUGUCAUUCUCAAACAUUGAUUAAUUUCAAGAGUUUAAAAAUUAAAAUGAUCCAGAACGAUACUCUUGGCUAUUAUUUGGGUACUCGAUUAGCUACAUUAUUACCCGGGCAAGACGCUAUUCAACAUAUGACUGAUGUUCAGAAAUUCUAUCUCACUGCUCAUGAAGAAAUCAUGCAAAGUUUACAACGUGGUUUCGAUAAUAUUGCCCUAAACAAAUUAAGAGGAAUUAUUGAUUUUGGUAGAAGAAUUGAUAAAUCAUUAUAUAAAAUGUUGAACUUGUUAGAAUUGUUGAAAGCUGCGAAAUUAUAUGGUAAUAAUCAAUUAAUUUCAUAUACAUUAGAAGUUCUAAAGCAAGAAAAUCUUGUUGAUCUAAAUGAGGAUUUGUUUGAUAAUCGUGACUUUACAAGUCAAUGGAAAUUUGGCUCAAAUGAAUUUAAUGAUUCAAUAUCAAAUAACUUACAAAUUGGCCCAAUUCAAAAGACUGAAUAUGUGAAAAUGAAUGUUUUACGUGAAAUAAUUCUUAGUGAAACAAACGAUAUCAGAGUUAAGGUCUUAGUUUCGAAAUUGAAUAAGGUUAUUUCUGGAAAGGGUAACACUCAAUUAACCAACUCAGAAAGCUGGAUAUUUAAAUUAUAUUUAGCAGUUUUCAAAGUUUUCCUGGUUAAUCCAGAUAAUGAUGCUGAUUUCAAUUUCUUGAUUAAGAAUUUUAACCUUAAUAUUAUUAAGAAUAAGUUUUUCAAUAACUCUUCAUAUUUAACAUGGGAGGUUAACCAUAAAAUCAUUUCAAUUCUGGAACUUAUAAGAAAUGUGAUUGCAUACACAAAUCUGCACCAUUUACCUAAAAAGUAUUCACCAAAGGUUGCUGAUUUCAAGAAAGCUCUUCGUGCGUUAGCAGAUGAUUUGGUUGAAUUUAAACAAGAAAUUGGUAUCGCUGAGAGGAAAGAAUUUGACAAGGUGGAAGAAUCAAUUAAAAAGUUUUUCGCUACCAAUAAGGAUGUUGGUGUGGAAAUUGGGUCAAAUAUGGUCCAACAAACCCUUGACAAAAUUAAGGUAUCCUUGAAAGAAUCUUCAUUGAUUAGGGCAAGACCUUAG